AUGAAACUACCCAUACUAGCCUCGCUUUCAGGACUAGCCGGUCUUUUCACCACAGCCCACGCCUUUGGGGCAGGAAACAUUCCCUCAGACUCCUCUAUUGAGGGCAAGAACUUUCGACACGGAGAUAUUGAAGAUGUCCUGGCUGGGAUUGUCAUUUCACACCGCGGAGGCAAGGCCCGCAAAUUCGACGGACUCGACAUCAAACGUGUCUACUUCGGCAACUGGCUGAGAGACUUCUCGCAGGCUGUAGAUGUUGGCACUCUUUCGAUGGGGCUAAACGCAGACACGGUCCGUGCGAUCAUUUGGCUCGUGUCAAUGUCCGAGUUUGGAUACGGAACUGGCGAGUUCGAGGUCACGGAGGAACGUCUGGGGGUGUACCGAGCCGAGGAACACAUGGACAACCCCAAGGGCUACCCAGAGGAUGCUCAGCAGUACGACAGAAGACUGCGAGGUCCCGUGGAUCCGCGCGAGCUAGAAAUUGAUCCCAAGACAGGAAUGAAAAACUACAUUGCCAACGAGGAUGGUGAUUGGGCGACCUCGUCGGAGUACGUGCGAGAGCAGCUUCUGCGAUGCAUCAAGCUCGGCCGACGGUAUAUCAAAGGAGGAUACAAGAAACACAGCCUGCAGCACGAGUCGUUACGACUGCUGGGUAGCGCCCUGCACACCCUUGAGGACUUCACGGCACACACAAACUACCUGGAGCUGGUGCUGAGAGAUAUGGGCUAUAAGGAUGUGUAUGCCCACGUUGGAAACCAGACGCGUAUCAAGCUGGCUGGAAAGAAGGUGUUCCCUGUGGUGACUGGAACAUUUGGAGGACUGGACUUCCUGCACUCUUUGCUGGGAGGUGCUCACGAUUCGCUGUCGGAGAGUGGAUUCACAGAGGCUUCUGCCAAUUUUGAGAAGAAGAAGAAGUCCGGCUCCAACACUUCGGAGUUUCUCAAGAGCAUCCUCCGAAAGCUGCCUAUCAAGCUGCCCGACAUUCCUGAUGCCCAUGGGGGAUUCAGAGACAUGACAGGAGCAGACCUAGCUGACCACCUGGACGAGUUACAGCACAAUGUGGAGGAGUAUGUGGUGCACCAGCGAGAGCAUGAUGGGAACGAUGAGGACUGCAAGGACUGUGGCGAUACCAAGAAGAAGUCUCGCACUGGAGGCAGUGGCGGAAAUGCACAGCAAGGACAGCAUCCUUUGGUUCUCGUGGACCAACCUCCUUUUAAGAACACCCCUGGGGGAACCAACAUUUCGAAGGUGCACAACAACGAUCCCAACUACACCUCGUUAGAGUCGUAUCUCGACAACCUGGAUGUCGACGCAGUGAUCCGAGCAGUGUACCCUCUAUUGGAGUUCAAGGACUCCGUCAUGUCUUCCCUGGAGUCUUUCUUUGGCGACUCCGAUUCUUCUACAGCGCUCGGCAUGAUGGCAUCUUCUAUUUCCGACGCUCUUUCCUCAUUCACUAACUCAAUCAUCAACCCAAUCAUUAAUCCCAUCUUGGAGGCAGUCACUGAGAUUCUACAUGCAUCUGUCACUCUGCUGUCAUACCACGAUGAUCAGAUUGACGUAUGGAUUAACUCAAAGUCCACCGAUCCCACUCAUUCUCGACUGUCUAAGGACCAUUUUGCAGCAUACCUAAACGAGCCUGCUGGCCUCGUGGCUGCAGAGGUGGUCAAAUACGUCGUUCCCUUUGUGGUAGAAGCCUGGGAGGAUCCCUCUAUUGAUCCUCAGACUGUUGUGGAUGAGGCACUCCAAACAUUCCAUCAUCCUGCUCUUGCACACACCAAGCUGCAUCGAAUCAUGCGGGCCGAGGUGGAUCGAUGGAUUCAGACCUUCUCUGACGAGGAGCGAGAGCAUAUUCUGGAGGGCCUUACCUCUAGAGGCGUUCUUCAUGGCCACAAUAAUGCUGAGCACUUGGAUGUGAACAACGUUACUUACGAGGACCCUUUUGAUCAUACUGGUAGUGAAGAGAAGGCCUCAACCUUCCUUGAUUACAUUGAUUACUUUGGCUUCUUCAACCAGCAGGGUUCCGGCUCUGGCUCUGGCUCUGGCUCAGGCAGCAUGAAGCGGGAACACAAGGAUAAAGCCGAGGAUGUGGCCAACGACAUGGAUGCUGAGGGAGCAGCUGACUCGGAAAAGCAUCAUCAAGACCAUGCUGACACGGCCCAGAAGAAGGCUAAGGACAAUGCAAAGAAAGGCGAAGCCAAGCAUAACGAGAAGGCCAAGGCCAAGGCCAAGGCCAAGGCCAAGCCUAAGCCCAAGUCCAAGAAGUCUAAGAGUCAAAAGACGCAUUUCCACGACCAUGCUCACCAUGUCGAGGACCAUCCUGACAUGGCCAAGCAGCAGGCCGCUGAGCAGGCUGCCUCUGCUCAUGACGAGGAGGGUUCAGCUAGACGAAAACCCCAACAACCAUAG